UGAAGACAUUCCAGUCCCAACGACUCUUGACAUUUGAUAAACUUUAUUAGCUUUUUAUAGUGCUUGGUGAAAUUGUGGCAGAGUUGUUAGAAUGACUGAUAAGAUAGUAGACAAGUUAAAUUCAGGAGCAACUAUACCUUUGAGAGGUUUCGGCACCUGGAAAGCAGAACCAGGUGUAGUGGGUGAAUGUGUGAAGGCUGCUUAUGAAGUUGGGUACAGACAUUUUGACUGUGCAGCCAUUUAUCAGAAUGAAAAAGAGAUUGGACAAGCUUUCUCGGAACUCUUUUCUAAGGGAGUGAAGAGAUCGGACAUAUUUGUUACUUCCAAAUCGUGGAAUACAUGUCACGAGCCCCAAAGAGUCAUCGAAGCUUGUAAGCAAACCCUACAGGAUUUGCGUCUGGACUAUUUGGACCUUUAUCUAGUUCACUGGCCUUGCAACUGGGAGUUUAUGGGUUUACCUAUCACAGCAAGUAACUGGAUACCCAAGGACAAAGAUGGAAAUAUAAAGUUUGCUAAAGUUUCUCUUGAACAAACUUGGCAUGCUAUGGAAGAACUUCAAAAAAUGGGUCUCGUCAAGUCUAUUGGUGUAUCCAAAAUUCCAUUGUCAUAUGUUGGAUCUUUUUAGCUAUUGCAAGAUUCCUCCCGCAGUGAAUCAAAUUGAAAUGCAUCCAUAUUAUGCAAGAACAGAUCUACUUGAAUUUUGUAAGAGCCGAGGAGUCCAUGUUACUGCAUACUCUCCACUGGGAAGUGGUAAACAUGGUCCUCUUCAAGAUGAGACAGUUGCAAAGGUUGCAAAGAAGCAUGGCAAAACUCCUGCUCAAAUUUUGAUCAGAUGGUGUAUGCAGCGUGGCUGCUCAGUAAUUCCAAAAAGCGUAAAGAAAGAACGUAUCAAGGAAAACUUUGAUGUCUUAUUUGAGUUGUCUUCAUCUGAAAUGAAGGAAUUGGAAGGCUUAGACAAAAAUAUAAUUCUGAAUCAUCAAAAAGAAUACUGGGGCUUCAAUAUUCAUGCAUAACUGUCUUUGCUCUUAGUUGAUAUGUCUGUUUCACAUACUUUGUGUGUUUCUCUUGAGAUGGGAUUCUAUAAAAAUUCGUUUUCCUAAGUGAACGCUACAAA